AUGUCGGAGUAUUUCCGGAAGUUGAUCAGGCGGGAUCCGCCACCGGCGGCUCACAUCCGCUUUCGCUGUGCAAAGCUUCACCGCGUCAGCGACGGGAAGGAAAACGAAUACAACACCAUCUAUGACGUGCUGAAGUCGCGGGGCUGGAAGGAGACGGACGUCGAUUCGGACUGGCAUAUCUUUUGGACUGACAAGGAUUGGAUCCAUUCUGCUUUCGACAAGAUGCACCUGGACCCCCAUCAGCAUGUGAACCACUUCUUGAACCACUACGAACUGACGAGAAAGGACCUCUUGGUGAAGAACAUGAAGAGGAUGAAGCGGCAGUGUGAGAAGGAGGGGCGACUCGCGGAAGCGGCGCGCUAUAACAUUUGCCCUAUCACCUUCGUGGUUCCACAGGAGUACAGCAUGUUCGUGGAAGAGUUCAAGAAGUGGACGGGUUCCACUUGGAUCAUGAAGCCAAUCGGCCGCUCUCAAGGAUCCGGCAUCUUCCUAGUGAACAAGCUCGCCCAGACGCAGCAGUGGAAGCCCAAGCAGGAUUGGAAUCCUGUGCAGCCGGCAAAGGCUUCGGAGGACGAUGAAGCCGCUGGUGUGGAAACCUACGUCGCGCAGAAGUACGUGGAAGCACCUCUGCUCAUCGGUGGUAAGAAGUUCGAUAUGCGGCUGUAUGUCUGCGUCACGAGUUACCAUCCUUUGACGGUUUAUAUGCAUCGCGGAGGGUUCUGCCGGUUUUCUAUGUCCCGCUACUCUUCGGACAAGAGCAACCUCAACGACUUGGGGUCGCACCUGACGAACGUAGCGGUUCAGAAGCACAGCGGCAAGGCUGCCUACAAGAGGACCGGAGCCAAAUGGGACGUGAAUAACCUGAAGUCCUACCUGCUGACGACAGCAGGGGUGGAUGUCGUGAAUCAGCUCUUCCAUGACAUCGAGGGCAUUGUCAUCCACUCUCUGCUCUCCGUGCAGAAGGUCAUGAUCAACGACAAGCACUGCUUCGAGAUGUAUGGUUACGACAUCUUGAUUGACUCCGAGUACAAGCCAUGGCUCUUGGAGGUCAAUGCCUCGCCGUCGUUGACAGCUAACACCACCGCAGAUUACGAAAUGAAAUAUGGACUCCUCGAUGACCUGCUCACGUUGCUAGACAUCGAGAAGUACCUCAGCGGAAAUGAGCUGCAGGUCGGCGGCUUCGACUUGCUCUACAAGGACGGCUACCGCUACUCUCCUCCCGAGGGCUCGAUCUUCACGUCCUAUUUGGGCUGCUACAACAACCGACUCACUCAGCUCCAACGCCUGGCCAAGACACGUGCCCAGGAGACGAGGGGUCACCAGCACCAAAGCAGAGAUUCCCUCGGCUCUCCGUCGGCUGGAGAUGAGAAGGAGGCCGAGUCUGCGAGAAAGCAGAGCACUUCCGGCCCACCGGAAGCUACCUUUCCGAACCCCGAGGACCCCAGGUUGGAUCCUGGCUUUGGCGCAUCGACGAAGCCACGGACGGUGCGUCCAUAUCCCCCAAACCCCCCGGUCGGCAAGUAG